AUGGAGAUGAUUAGCCACGCUACUAAGGGAAGAACAUUAUUAGAGGUUUAUGUGGUUGGAGAAAUUAUAGAGGAAGAUAACAAUGAAAAUGAAGCUAGUGUUGAAACUAGUGUUGAAAGUGCACCAAGGUCAGAGGAACAAUUUGAUGUUGAUUCAUAUAUAGAUAAUUUCUCUGCUCCAAAGAAUCCUAAUGAUGUGGAUUUAGAAGCUGAGUCACAGAAAGAUGGUGAUGUUAAUAUCUCUGAUCCAAAGAAUCCUAAUGAUGUGGAUUUAGAAGCUGAGUCACAGAAAGAUGGUGAUGUUGAUACAGAAGCAGGGGCGGAUCUCUAA